GAUGCCAAGCACACAAAGCUGCUUCUUCUUCUUGAUUCAUCCCUGGAUGUUCACGUGUUUCCUCGCACCUCUGAAGCAAAAGAAAUUGUAUCCAAGGCAGCCUCAUCAAUUUUCUUUUUCCUAGCCGAUAAAGAGAAGGGUGACAUAAGAGGUUACAUGCUAUUGUCUGAUGCUGGGAAAAGUGGAUUUCAUGUCAGAGAGAUGUGGAAUGUGAACAUUCCUCGCUCAUCACAGACCAUCAGUAGUAUAGGUAACAAGAGGACAGCCAGUUAGCAAGUUUGCAAAUACAUAGGGGUUAUUGACCAGGCAUGAGGUCAAGAUGGCUGGAUAUAGGCCAAAUCAUUUUUAACUUACAGUGUACGCAUUUUUAUGGAUCGAGACAAAAACUUAGGAUUCACCACAGUUUGCCCAGUCGUGGAGCCACCUGUAAAAUUUCUUCUCUCAUUCAUUUGAUAACAUUGAACCUUGAAUGUCAUUGAAGGGGUUGAAACUCAGUUACUACCCACCUACUGGCAGAGAAGUUAAUGCUGGACUGAUUGCUGUAACCUCACUUCCAACAAACAACAGCUAACGAUGAUGUGUGACUAAAGGUCCUGUAGCUUGAAACCCAACCCUAAUCCCAAUACUUUAAGUUGCACAAGAACCUCAUCACACCUGCAUGAUAGGGCCCUGUGCCAUGAAUUAUUACAUUCACAAUAAAAAAUAUUCAUAUAAUUCAUUUAAUAUUAUUCUUAAUGAGGAAAAGUGUAUCCAUAGUCACCUUCUUCUCUGAUGUAUCUUACAAGUUACUGUUAUUUUCUAGCAACUAAGAACCCAUUGGAACAUGUACAUUCACAAGGAAAAGUUCUUGGAGAUAGAAGAGUUCUUUAUAAAUACUUGAACCCAAACCUGGUAGCUGUGGCAGCUGAAGUAACCCCUGAUACAAAACCUGGUAUAUCAAUCUAUCUCAUGGAUGCAGUAACAGGUUUGUUUUUUAAUCAGUAUUAAAAAGGUAUGCUCACAUACUGAGGGAGUGGUGCCCUAAACAGUAACUUUCAAUAUAACAUGGGUGACUAGCCCAGGAACUGUUUAUAUGAGAUGAACCAGCCUAGUUAGCCGGGCUGGCUCGGCUCAUGCAUUGUUUCCUCUUAAAAUUGUCAUUAUGUUUGUAUGAGAAGGCAGGCUGGCCCCCUUGCUGAGAUCACUGUUGCUCAAGCCAGCGCGGUAAAGAGGGCCAGCGGAAUUAACUGGGCUGGCUCACGUACCUUGUAUAAACAGGCUAUUUUCAGCAGGAAGAUGGUUUGAAAAAGGAGCUACAGUGUAGGCUGAUUCGGAAAACUGUGCGUACCUACGUGCCUGCCUAUCAAACUUCAACUAUUACAAAAACUUGAUGUUUGAAACCAGAUUAUUAUUUUGUGAUGUGGCUGUGCCUAGAUGCAAACAAUAUCACAAUCCAAACAGUGAGGGUCUUAACAGUGAAAGAAAAAUUUUAAAAGAGUAAAAGAAUAAGAAGAUAGAUCUUAAUUUUUGAGCAAAAUUUCCUUAUCAGUAUUUUUUUUUAUAGAAUUUUAUUGAAAACAGCGUUGUGGAGAACAAGCUUGCUGAUCUUCUAUUAUUAUUAUUAUUUCUGUUAUUUUUAUCAGGGUUGGUCAUAUUCCAUACACGUCAUAAGAAUGCCAAAGGACCUUUUCACAUGGUGCACUCUGAGAACUGGCUUGUUUACUGUUUGUACAACACCAAGUCUCGCCGAUAUGAACUCACAGUUUUAGAACUGUAUGAUGGUUACACAGAAAGAAACAGGUACAAUUUUGGUCAAUAUACUCACAUAAUUUACACAGCAGCCAUUCUAAACAAAACAAUAAUUCAAUAACGAUUUAGAGGUGGCACAUCCACUUAAUGGUUCUUUGUCUUCCUGAUUUCUGGUCCAAUUGGGAUUACAUGUAGGAAGUCUUGGUGCCGCGAUAAAUUCGAACCCCAGCCACAUUGGUCGGAGGCAAGUGCUGUCAUUAUAAGCCACCCAUGCUCCCCAUUUUGUCUUCUUACAAUCCAGAAGGUGUCCUAUAAAAACAUUGUUAAAUCCUGAAUGUUCCUANUUUUUUUAUAGAAUUUUAUUGAAAACAGCGUUGUGGAGAACAAGCUUGCUGAUCUUCUAUUAUUAUUAUUAUUUCUGUUAUUUUUAUCAGGGUUGGUCAUAUUCCAUACACGUCAUAAGAAUGCCAAAGGACCUUUUCACAUGGUGCACUCUGAGAACUGGCUUGUUUACUGUUUGUACAACACCAAGUCUCGCCGAUAUGAACUCACAGUUUUAGAACUGUAUGAUGGUUACACAGAAAGAAACAGGUACAAUUUUGGUCAAUAUACUCACAUAAUUUACACAGCAGCCAUUCUAAACAAAACAAUAAUUCAAUAACGAUUUAGAGGUGGCACAUCCACUUAAUGGUUCUUUGUCUUCCUGAUUUCUGGUCCAAUUGGGAUUACAUGUAGGAAGUCUUGGUGCCGCGAUAAAUUCGAACCCCAGCCACAUUGGUCGGAGGCAAGUGCUGUCAUUAUAAGCCACCCAUGCUCCCCAUUUUGUCUUCUUACAAUCCAGAAGGUGUCCUAUAAAAACAUUGUUAAAUCCUGAAUGUUCCUAGCCCAUGUUGUUUUUCUCUUUUUCUCUCAAAAAAGCUUAUAAACGUGUCUGUUUAGCUCAGUUGGAUGAGCUGAUCAAGUAUUAAAGAGGUCCAGCCAGACCACCUACAUCAUCUAAAACUGCUCAUAACACUACCUCCCCUCACCCAUGUCCCCUUAAGUAUUGCUGUGUAGGACAUUGCUUUAGAAAGACUUGUGGAGUCAACUUUUACUUUUAAUAAAAGAGGGAGCUGUAAAGCUCCUAAUACAGUGUUCCAGUUAAUUCUUUCAAGUGGCGGGUCAUGUAGACCAUCUGAGGGGUUGCCAAGGCCACAUGCUAUUUUUGUCUAUUUUUGGUUUUUUACCUUAACACUUUUAUGUCAUCUGUCAGGUCAGGAAGCUUUUUUUGUCAUUGACCUGAGACCUGUCUGUUAUCUGGAACACUGUCCUUAUACCUACCUGAGAAAAUUUGGUUAUCUCAUUUCAGCUCUGCCUUGUCAUCAUUUGAACCUCCGCCCAUGCCUUUAGUCUUACAACAGUCCUACAUCUUUCCCACGACUAUCCGUACUGCAUCAGUCACCAUAACAGAAAGAGGAAUUACCCACAAGAACCUGCUUUUCGGUUUACAAACUGGUUACAUUCUCAGUCUGCCUAAAAACUACCUGGACCCACGCAGAAAAUUUGUGUCAACAGCAGAAGACCGUGAAGAAGGACUCCAUCCAUAUAUUCCAGAACUGAUGCUAAAUCCCUUGGCAUUUAUUAACUACAACCAAACUGGUACGUAAAACAUUAAAGUUGCACAUUUUUUGUACAUCCAUUCAUUCCCCCACAUGUGCAUACCGCAGGAGGUGGGAGUAUUAAGAAGUUUUACAAGUGAUGUACAACUUGCCUGUUAAAGGACUUUUGACCCUAUUUAGACCAGAAUGUGUGAUUACUUUUUUUUCCUUAACCAUAUAUUAAAUAUCUGAAUAAUGUGUAUUUUUGUUCUAUUGCUUCUUACUGUUAGUUGCCAACAUUGAUGGUAUCUACACUGCGGGAUCAGGCCUGGAAUCAACAUGUCUAGUAUUUGCACAUGGGUUGGAUCUUUACUGGACCAGGGUCACACCAUCUAAGAUGUUUGAUGUACUCAAAGACGAUUUUGAUUACUGGUUCAUUCUUGGCACCCUUGGAAUCUUAGUCCUUGUGACUAUUGUCUCUCAGAGACUAGCAUCAAUUAAAAUGCUCCGACAGGCAUGGCAGUGA